CGACUUACCCAAACCUUCUCUUUCUCUUCUCUAAUUUACGAUCUGGAGCAUCCGACCCAUCCGCCUAAUCUAAUCGACAAACCGCAGUCAUCCGCAGCAACCUUGUCGCCGCCGGGGUCCCUGCGAAGUCCAGAACCGAUCCCCGCCUCCGAAACAUGAGCAAAAUCCUCAGCAUACUCGCCUAGGUAGGGUCAAAUCCUCGGCCGAGAUCUCAUCCAAACCAACGAGCGAUUGAAGGUUCUUCGAGCGAUCAGCGGAAAGAUGCUGCUUCAUAUAAGUUGCAGUUCCAAAGGCCACGACAAUCUCCUCCAGAACUCUAUCCAAAACAACACCUUGCCUUGCUCACGUAAGCUCCAAACCUUUCACUGCGACUUCAAGACUAGGGUUUUUCUGGGUUUCAAUAGUUUGUAUAAUAAUUAUAAUCACAGCUUGGCGGGGAGACGGGACUGCUCUUUGCUUUCUGUAUCACCUUCCUCCGAAACUAUUCGAUCCCAUGACAAAAUACCAAUCAAGCAUGUCCAGAAGCAGAGUACUAGAGCACCUAGGGUGGUUUCUCUAGGGUUUAAACUCCGUUGCCAUUCAAGGACAGUGGUUCCGCCUGCCAAAAACUCGAUAAAUGGUAAAAAGAAGAGGCAUGGCGGUGUAUUGCAGUCGAUUUUGCGGUCCAUGGAGUCUGCGGAUGAUAUCGGGAAGACCCUUAGUUUUUAUGACGGGAAGCUCAGUCCCAGAGAACAAACUGUGAUUCUCAAGGAGCAGAGCAGCUGGGAGAGGGUUGUUAAGGUUUUUGAGUGGAUAAAGUCACAGAAAGAAUACUUGCCCAACGUAAUUCACUACAAUGUGGUGCUUCGGGCACUGGGUCGAGCCCAGAAAUGGGAUGAGUUGAGGCUCUGCUGGAUUGAAAUGGCGAAAAAUGGUCUUUUUCCUACUAAUAACACCUAUGGAAUGCUCGUCGAUGUGUAUGGAAAAGCGGGUCUUGUUAAGGAAGCACUUCUCUGGAUAAAGCACAUGAAACUCAGAGGAAUUUUUCCAGAUGAGGUCACAAUGAAUACGGUUGUUCGUGUUUUGAAGGAUGCAGGGGAAUAUGACCGGGCAGAUAGGUUUUAUAAAGAUUGGUGUCUUGGGAAGAUUGAGCUGGAUGAUCUUGAUUUGGAUUCUGUAGCUGUUUCUGAAUCUGUGUCUCGUUCCCAACCCGUUAGUUUGAAGCACUUCUUGUCGACUGAGCUUUUCAAGACAGGUGGGAGAGGUAACCCCACAAACAUUAUGCCUUCAUCUGAUUUGGAGUCCCCUGUUCGCCGGCCCCAACUUACAGCUACUUAUAAUACUUUGAUUGAUUUGUAUGGGAAGGCUGGCCGGUUGAAGGAUGCUGCAGAUGUGUUUGCUGAAAUGUUGAAGUCGGGGGUGGCAGUUGAUACUACUACUUUCAACACCAUGAUCUUCACCUGUGGAAGCCAUGGGAAUUUGACAGAGGCAGAAACUUUGCUCAAAAAGAUGGAGGAGAGGGGAAUAUCACCUGAUACGAAAACUUACAACAUCCUUCUGUCAUUGUAUGCUGGUGUAGGGAACAUAGACGCAGCUCUUCAGUGUUACAGGAAAAUAAGGGAGGUGGGGCUUUUCCCCGACAUUGUAACCGGCAGGGCUGUUCUGCAGAUAUUAUGUGAGAGAAACAUGGUUCAAGAAGUGAAUGCAGUACUUGAAGAAAUGGAAAAAUCUGGCUUGCACUUAGAUGAACACUCUUUUCCUGUUCUUAUUAAGAUGUAUGUUGAUGAAGGGUUGCUUGAGCAGGCACAUGUCAUUUUUGAGAAGAGCCAAUUACAUGGAGGAUUGUCCUCAAGAACAUAUGCGGCUAUUAUGGAUGCAUAUGCUGAUAAGGGAUUGUGGGCUGAAGCAGAGGCUGUGUUCUGCAGGAAGAGGGAUUUGGGUGGACAGCAGAAGGACGUGGCCGAGUACAAUGUGAUGGUCAAAGCUUAUGGUAAGGCGAAGCUUUUUGAUAAAGCGUUUUCACUCUUUAAGGGCAUGAAACAUCAUGGGACUUGGCCAGAUGAAUGCACCUUUAACUCUCUUAUCCAAAUGCUAUCUGGAGGAGAUUUAGUGGACCAAGCAAGGGACAUUUUAGUAGAAAUGCAAGAAGUGGGAUAUAAACCCCUGUGUCUGACUUUUUCUGCUGUCAUUGCAAGUUAUGCCCGUUUGAGCAGGCUUUCUGAUGCUGUGGAUGUCUAUGAAGAAAUGGAGAGAACAGGGGUAAAGCCCAAUGAAGUUGUUUAUGGGUCUUUAAUCAACGGAUUUGCGGAGGCUGGUAGAGUUGAUGAAGCUCUUCGCUAUUUCUUCAUUAUGGAAGAAAAUGGUAUUUUGGCAAAUCAGAUAGUCCUUACUUCCAUGAUUAAAGCUUACAGCAAGGUCGGGUCCUUGGGAGGAGCCAAACAGUUUUAUGAGAGGAUGAAGGACUUGGAGGGCGGUCCUGACCUCGUGGCAUCAAAUAGCAUGCUCAAUCUGUAUGCAGAUCUUGGUAUGGUAUCUGAAGCCAGAAUAGUAUUUGAUAAUUUGAGAGAGAAGGGUUCGGCAGAUGGAGUUACCUUUGCUACCAUGAUGUAUCUUUACAAGAACAUGGGUAUGCUUGAUGAGGCCAUAGAAGUUGCCGAGGAGAUGCAACGGUCAGGUUUACUGAGGGACUGCGUUUCAUUUAACAAGGUAAUGGCAUGCUAUGCCACAAACGGGCAGUUGCUGGAAUGCUCUAGAUUGUUGCAUAAGAUGGUAAGUCAAAAGCUUUUGCCUGAUACUGGAACAUUUAGGGUAUUAUUUACUGUACUGAAGAAGGCUGGUGUGCCAAUGGAGGUGGUGGCACAGCUUGAGUCAUGCUACCGUGAGGGGAAGCCUUUUGCUAGACAAGCUGUUAUAGCUUGUAUAUUCUCGGCAGUUGGCUUGAAUGAUUUGGCACAUGAAUCCUGUGAAAUCUUCAUUAGAGCCAGAGUUGGGCUACAGUCCUUUGCCUAUAAUGCUGCAUUAUAUGUUUACGGGGCUUCGGGGGAAACUGAUCGAGCUUUGAACGUGUUCAUGAAAAUGCAAGACGAGGGUGUAGAACCAGACCUCGUCACUUACAUGAAUCUGGUGGGUUGCUAUGGUAAGGCUGGCAUGGUGGAAGCUGUGAAGCGGAUUCACAGACAGUUGAAAUAUGGAGAGAUUGAGCCAAAUGAAUCCCUGUUCAAGGCAGUGAUGGAUGCCUACAGACAUGCCAACAGACAGGAUCUUGCUGAACUGGUUAGCCAAGAGAUGAGAUUUGCUUCUGAUGCACAUCUGUAUUCUGAAUCUGAACUUGAAGAGGAUGAUGAUCAAGCUUGUUAACAUCUUCAAGGAUUUAGCCCCCCUUUUUGAAAAUUCAAUUUGUAUCGAAGAUUCAGCAUUGAUGUAGAGAGAAACUAGAGAUUGCACACUUUUUUUUUUUUUUCCUAAUUAGAAAGGAUAUGAAGGCAGUAAGACCACUUUUCGAGUUCAUUUACUGAUAACCUGACACUCGAUCGAUAUACCUUACCAUUAUUAAUACCUGUGAAGAAUCAUCCUUUCUCAUUAUUAUUACCAUUUUCGUGAGCAGUGCUUUUGGUUUAUAUUUUGUUCGAUCCAAAUAAUUGCUUGAAUUUUUCUGCCAACGGCUGAAUGAAAUUGUUUACUUGUGCAUCCU